UGAGCGGACUCGCAUGGUCAUCGUGGCUGCGGUCCACGCGGCCACACAUCCUGCUGCCGUCAUGGAACUUGUGCACGAUCACGUGUCGCAGCCUGUCAACCGUGCCUUCAAUAACAUAGACGAGGUCCUCGACUUGUGGAUCUCUGCACACGACCCAGCCCACGAUGCCGAUCGCAACAAUGUGGCCGUUUCUCACACAUUUAGCGAGUUGGUUUUCACCACACUGCGCAAGUUCAGCACCGCAGUAACACUACAGUUCGCUUGCGAACGCGCCGCCUUUGAGGAGAUCUCGUGCGAGGCCUACGAGCGCUUUCAGCGCUUCCUGUACAAAACGCCUUCUCGCUCUCAGCCAGCGCAGACUCCUACGGACCACGCCAUCGCCGCUUCGCAGCAUGCUCUGCUGGCUUUCCUCCUCGCUGCCCAGUGUGUUCAACGUUAUUACUGCUCUCUUCUCGCCGACGUCAUGAAAUUCUACCUUGCCUGCACCGAAACUCCUAAGGCCCGCCGGUCACCGUCAGCCUCCGCCGCUUCGGCAGUCCUACAGUCUCAAGAGCUGCCCAACGAUCCUUGCUGUAGCAAGGACUAGAUAUUAGUAGUCCUGCAGCCACUUUAUUCCUGUUUCGCGAAAAAUAAACAUUGCGCCGAGACGUUCUUAACCAAA